AUGAUUAACAACUAUGUUUGCUUGUGUUAUCCCGGUUUAUCUGGAAAUUACUGUAAUGAAACUGACACCACGUCCGGGGAUCCGUGCUCGAGUUCGCCGUGUCAGCGAGGUUGCCAUAUUCUCGGAGCAUCAUCGGUAACUGUGCUCGCUAUGUGUUUUACUGUGAAACCGUAUCGAAUCGCGAUCAAAAGGGGAUUUCAUUCAACGAUUCCUCCAACGAAAAGAUCAAAAAUUUGCUUUUGCCAAAGAGUCUGUAACGAUGAAAACACAAUCGGUCGGGCCACUUUAAUUACGGUAAUAUCGUUUUUGCACAACCAGUCAUUUGCUACAUCUCGAGGC